GUAAUGGCGGACACGCCGGUGAGCCAUUUUGGUGUGCUUGCUGUUGAAUAUUGGAUUUGAAUAUUGUUGGAUACUGCAAUAAAGUCUCGUAUCAUGACGAGUGUGUGGGUUUUUCCGUGGAUAAAUUUGCAGUUUGGCACGCCCACCGUUAGGUGUCGCAAUGUGUGGGAGAUGCAAGAAUCCCAACCUCAAUUUUUUGAGCGACUGAAAUUUCAUACAUAUCGCAUUGUGCGGAAGUGGAGUUUCUGUUUACAAAUCAACAGCAAACCUAGGUCAGUCAACGAAAAAUAUAACAAAAAAUUGAAUGCGCCAUGAAGCCGCAGCUGUCCGGGGCGCAAAGGCGGGCGUUUGCGCCUUCACUGUGCGGAUCUGAGGCUGUGCGGUCAAUUCAAGAGGAGCUUGUUGCUGCGAUACACGGAGCUCUGGAAGUGGCUGUGGAGAUCGCAGUCCGGGAGGUGCGAACCCUCGUAAGUCAGGCGACAAGCGACAUGUACGUAGAGCUGCGGAGGGAGAAUGAGUCCCUGAAAGAGACGCUGCAGCGGGCAGAAGAGAUGCUGGCUGAAUGUGAGCGGCUUGAGGAUAAUGACAGUGGCGUUAUGCGAAGAGGCGAGGCGCCCCACCCUACUCCCUGCACGAAUGCUGCAACAGAAAGCACCGAGAUCAGGCGUGAGCCUGCAGGUCACGACUGCCCUGGCCCGGAUGUUCGAGGUGAAUAUAUGAACAGACGUGAGGAGCGGCUAGCCUCAGGACAAGAAAAGGAUCAUAAUAAAGGUUCCACUGAGACGACAUCUCAGAUGAUUGCAUUGAAAAACGAAGGCGCGAUAACGUGUCGAAACCCACGAGCUCCAGGGUCUGUGCCACCUCUCAGCACUGCCGUCAAAUCUACAAUGGAGCAAGUUAUUGUAAAGCAGGAAAGAGUGGAAGAGCAAAGGAGUGGAGCGUCCUGCUGUUUGGAAUUAAUUAAAGAGGAAAACUUAAGCAUGGAGGGCAUCGGGUGGCCACCAGAGGAGAUGGAUAUUCAGAGUCAAGAUCCAGAGACUCAUCUUCUCGGUGCAAGGGUAGAUCAAGCUUGUCCUCCAGACAUGAGCAGCAGCCUCCCAUCUGCCUCCGAUCUUCAGUCCGUCUCCCCAGAGUUUCCAAACAUCUUCCACCUGGCAGAACAAGCUUCCGUAUCACAAGUUCUUCCGCAGGUCCACAGAUUCCACAUCGAAGCAGACCGCAGCGUUUCCACCGUUCCCACGUGCAAGUUCUGCGGUCAGACCUUCCCCCUGCCCAGCCUGCUGCGGCGACACUACGGCCAGUGCCGCCAGAGGCUCCAGCAGCGCUGUCUGCCGCCCGUAACGGGGGGUGCGCGAACUAGGCUGCAGCUGUACCCCCCGGGCUGCAGCCCCUUCCGCUGUACCGUGUGCAGCCGAGAGUUCAACCGCUUGGAAAACCUGAAGACCCACCUGCGCAUCCACACUGGAGAGAGGCCGUACACCUGCUCUGUGUGCCUCAAGUGUUUCCGCCACUCGGGAGCCCUCACCCGGCAUUUCCGCAUCCACACCGGGGAGAAGCCGUACGUCUGCGGGCAGUGCGGGAAGUCGUUCAGGAACUGUGGUGGGCUCAAAUUCCACCAGCGCUCUCACAGCGAUCACCAGCAGUAGAUUUAGAGAGUGUUAACUUCUUUAAUGCAUUAAAUUAUAAGCAUAUUCAUCUGAAGCAGAUGAUUAAAAAUAUCAGUUUGUCAGCAGUCUUCCCCAGGAUUGAUUUUGGAAAAAAAAAAAAUUCCAAUAUUAUAACUUUUUAUUUAUUUUAGACAAAACGAUUAACUGCAAGUCAAAAUCUGUAAAGAGUCGAUACAAUACGCAAGUGUCACGUUUAGAAAAGAAAUAUUACUAUUGGGGUUUCAAUUACAUUUUUCAUUUAUUGAAAUGCUCUGAUGCUUUAAGGGUAAAUAUUUUUAUACAUGGUUUUUACAGGGUCUUUUAAAAUGUUUCCUUGACAAAGUGUUUUCACAAAUUAGCCUUUUUAAUUGUGGUGGAGCUGUAAUGUCUGAGUCAGCAUUUAAUAAAACCUUCAAACGGUGGAAUGUAUUAGAUUAACUUAUAUUAAUAGCAGUAUACAGGUAUUGUGACAAUAGUAGUGCAUAAUGACAUUUUAUGUUUCUUUUGUGGGGCCUUCUGAUUUCAAAGUGCUGUAUUUUGUCAUUCUAUUUUUAGUAUUUAAAUAAAUUCACUGUAUGA